AUGUCUCAAGCUCACCUCUACGAAACUACCUUUGUCGAGACAUGCUGUGAUAUGGCAGCAUUUGCUCUGGUUUACUAUGAAUGUAUCGUCACCCUGGAUCGUGAGGUAUCCCUGGUGUGGGGAAAGAGGUUUACGGGAGCUACCGCCCUCUUCCUCUUGAACCGUUACACGGCUAUGCUGAAGUACCCCAUAUACGUCGUCGGACUGACUCAACUCUCGGAUGAGGUGAGUGUUUGUUUCGUGGAAGCUAUCUUCUACUCCAUGCUCACGAUACAUAGAGUCAAUCUGCUCUCCCGGGUACUGGAGAUCAUCCCUUACUUUGUCUGGUUCGCGUUUUUGACCCUACGUGUCUACGCUAUUUGCGGACACGACUGGCGAUCAGCUUUCCCGGUAGCUGUGGCAGCGUUCAUGCCUGUGGCCUCCAACAUUUACCUCUACUCGACUACAUACACCGUGAAUUACCCUCUGCCCAUCGGUGCGAUCCUAAGUGAUGUCCUCGUUCUGGCCAUCACAUGGUGGAAGACCCACGGCAUUAGCAAGGUGGUCAAAGAGGCCAAUCUCCCCGUAUCUUUAUCGUCGCUCUUACUACGAGAUGGCACAAUAUACUUCCUGUAA